CUGCCGCAUCAUGGAUACUAUUUACCUUUCUUACACCAAUUUCUGCAAAGAUUGAUUUAGGAUAUCCUUUAUUAUGUAAAUACUUUUGGGUGUUGGUGAAGAAUGAUACUGCAACUUCUGAUACACCAUUAAAUAAUUUUGAAAAUGAGAAAGAUAAUGAAUUUGUUUCUGA